AUGGCCAACCCACCAGAGGGCUCGCCCGAAUGGGCCGCCCAGGACAAAGGUCCCUACACAAUCGCCAUAUGCUGGGCCGUCACAGCCUUCAGCACCCUCUUCGUCAUUGCCCGUCUCUACGUCAGAGGAAAGAUUAUGGGAAAACUGCAGAGCGAUGACUGGUUCACUGUCGCCGCACAGAUAUGCAGUUGGAUCUCGACCGCCUUCUCAACCAUGGCAGUGGCAUCCGGUAACGGCAAGCAUUUCUCCCUCCUCUCGACCGAGCAGAAAACGGGCGCCAUCCUCUGGACGACUGUUGCCUUCUGCCCCGGCGUCCUGUCCUUCGGUCUCCCCAAGAUGGCGGUCGUCGUGCUCCUCCAGCGCCUGUUGAAUCCGCAACGUUAUCAUCGGUGGUUUCUGUGGUGGAUGGGUAUCUGGUGCCAAUUGACCUUGUUUGCGACCGUUGGCGUUCUCUUAGGUCGAUGCAUGCCUGCGCGAGCCCUUUGGGAUUUUUCUGUCGAGGGGAAGUGUUUCGAUCCGAAUAUUCUGGUCGGCUACUGUAUCUAUGCCGGUUCUUUCUCUGCCUUUGUUGACCUUUACCUCGCCAUCUACCCGACCGUCGUCCUCUUCCAGCUUCAACUCUCUCUUCGCAAGAAAAUUGCGCUCUGUGUUGCCUUGGGCAUUGGCUCCAUCUCCGGAGUCGUUGCCAUUUACAAGACGACUCGAAUUCCCUCUCUCAAGAGCCCAGACUUUUCGUACGAUACUGCCGACCUCGUCAUCUGGACCGUCAUCGAAGGGAGCACCAUCAUCGUCGCCUGCUCCAUCCCCAUCCUCCAACCCCUCAUGGACCUCAUCAUGCGCCGCAACCCCUUCAGCUCCAACAAGUCCACCAAACGCACUCCCCGCUACUUCGAAGACUACAGCACAGGCAGUAAGGCCGGCUACGAGCUCGGCCAGCGAAAACCCAAGUCCAAACUCCGCGACGAACUAGGUCUCACCAUCGUCAAAGACGACAGCCAGGAAGACAUCCUCAGCGGCAACGAGAAUAACCAUCAUAAUCAGAUCGGACCCGGCGAUAGUACAGGGAGGUUGACGAAGCCAGUCGACGGCGUUAUUGUGAGAACGGAUGUGGUGACUGUGCGGUAUUCUCAGCAGCAUGAGAAUCAGCCGUCGACGGAGAGGUGGGGGGCUGUCUAA